AGUCGCCCCAUGAGCAGGCAAAGACCUCGGUUGUGUAUUUUUUUCACGCUGCUCAGGAAACGUAGCAGAAUAGAAACUCAAUAAUUCCCUCCAGUAGCCCCGUCAGUUGAAUAAGUCAUUCACUCACUAGGUUUUCGACACAGUGGUUAGAUAUCACAUGCCGGAUCCAUCCUGCUGCUUGAACACGAUGCCUCCACCAGGCCGCAUGUGCGACUCGCCCACGACAGAAGAGCAUUCCUGCAGGAACGAGGGGGAAACUAUGGCAGUUUUAGGUGAAGUUCAGGUACUAGAGCUCUCCACAUCAGCUGUUGAGCACGGAGAGGGCCAGCACAGCGCACAACAUGCAGACACGCCACCGGAGGACGGGCUGCAUCUUGCCGCGCUGCACUCGGCUACAACGUGGGUUGAUACGGAGGACCAGUUAGAACGCGCGAUCGGUUUUCUUCGAUGCGAAAAGAUAGUGGAUAGCGUAUUUCUACUCUUAGAAGACAAAUCUUCCCUGCUAGCACCACAUUGUUCGAGAAGAACGAAAAAAUUGAUUUCCGCUGAAGUUCGAAUAAAAGCGAUUAUAAUCUUGCAGCCUUAUUGCCGUUGCAAGACGGUCUGUGUUGCUUGCCAAAGUCAAAUCUCAGUUGGUGCCCAUGAAGAUUCAAUUCCCUCUCUCUUCAUACAUGUGUGUCGAUUGCGAGUGGCGGCCGGGAGACUACCUUCUCC